CCUAAAACCUCCUCGAGAAAUUGCUUUGUAAACCGCAAACCGCAAACCGCAAUGCCUUCUCAAUUCUCAUGCCUCUCCAUUCUUCACUGACCCGCGUCCCCGUCUCCGACAAGCUGCCCUCCAUCGUCACCCUCCUCAGAUCCUGCAAGAACGCCGCCCACCUCCACCAGCUGCACGCCCAGAUCAUCGUCAAAGGGCUGGAGCAGGACCAGUUCGUCGCCUCCCACUUCAUCUGCCUCGCCUACUCCCUCGCCUCCCUCUCCUACUGCUCCCGCUUCUUCAGCUGCGUCCUCCGCCCAAUCCCCGUCCUCUGGAACUCCCUCCUCAAAGGGUACUGCCAGAGGGCCUCCUGGGUCGACACCCUCUCGGUCUUCGCCCGCAUGAGGAGGGCCGGCGCCCCGCCCGACAAGUUCACGUACCCGUUGGUCUUGAAAUCUUGCGCCGGCCAGUCGAGGGUGCGGGAAGGGAGGGCGGUUCAUGGGGGUGUCGUGAAGAGCGGUCUCGACGAGGAUGUGUUCGUGGGCACGAGCUUGGUUGAUUUGUACGGCAAGUGCGGCCAGAUAGAGUGCGCGCGGAAGGUGUUUGAUGCUAUGCCCCAGCGGAGUGUGGUUUCUUGGACGGCGAUGGUUGUCGGUUACGUCGGCGCUGGGGAUUUGGGCGAGGCGAGGAGACUUUUUCGGGAAAUGCCUCUGAGAAAUGUGAAGUCGUGGAAUGCGAUGAUCACUGGGCUUGCCAGAGCGAGUGACAUGAAGAGUGCUAGGGAACUUUUUGAGGAAAUGCCUGAGAGGAAUGUGGUUUCUUUCACUGCGAUGAUUGAUGGGUAUGCAAAGGCUGGUGAUAUGGCAUCGGCAAGGGCUUUGUUUGAGCAAGCGCCUGUGAAGGAUAUGUUUGCUUGGUCGUCGAUGAUAUCGGGAUAUGCACAAAAUGGUCUUCCGAAUGAAGCUGUGAAGGUUUUUGUUGAGAUGGUGUCAAAGAAUAUCAAGCCUGAUGAGUUCACGUUGGUUGGCCUGAUGUCGGCUUGUUCCCAAGUAGGUUGUGGGAAGUUAGCCAAGUGGGUCGAUUCUUAUUUAAGCGAGAGUUCAAUUGCUCUCAAGACAGCUCAUGUUGUUGCAGCUCUAAUAGACAUGAAUGCAAAAUGUGGGAACAUUGAGAGAGCUACAGAAUUGUUCAAAAUAUUGCCUAAACGAGACAUCAUUUCCUACUGUUCCAUGAUACAGGGGCUAUCGAUGCAUGGAUGUGGGGUUUUGGCAGUGAACCUCUUCACUAGGAUGCUCCAGGAAGGAAUUAAUCCUGAUGAGGUGGCCUUCACGGUUAUUUUAACUGCUUGUAGCCGUGCUGCACUCGUAGAAGAGGGUUUGCAAUUCUUUGAGAUGAUGAAAAAUGAAUACUCCAUAGUCCCCUCCCCUGAUCAUUUUUCAAUCAUGGUCGACCUCCUUAGUCGGUCAGGACGGCUAAAUGCAGCUUACGAGUUAUUGAACACAAUGCCCAUGGAGCCUAAUGCUUGUGCAUGGGGUGCACUUCUUGGGGCCAGUAAGUUGCAUGGUGACCUCGAGUUAGGGGAGAUGGUUGCUCGGAGGCUUUUUGAGCUUGAGCCCCAAAACGGUGGAAACUAUGUGCUUCUGUCCAACAUAUAUGCCGCUGCGGAUCGGUGGACAGAUGUCUCUCUUCUCCGGAAUCAAAUGAAGGAGAGGGGCGUCACAAAAGUCCCUGGCUGCAGCUGGAUUUCUUAAUAACCAAUUUCACCAUUGCAUCACUUAAGCAUGUCAUGCCUUCUAAAAUUUGGUGCCAGGGGGAUUGUAUGCAUUGAGACAAGUUUGGGUGGCAUUUGGGAUUUGAGUAGAACUGCACGGUGGAGUUAGGAUCUAGGUGUUAACUCAUAUUGGAGAAAGUGAGCUUAGCUGUGUUAGUUCAGUAUUCUUCCUGAUUUGAUGCCCAAAACCACUUUGGUGGCAGGGAAGUGAUAGUCAUACAGUUGGGAAACUACUAAUGCUUACUUGAUUCUUUUCAAAGCCGUCUCUGUUCAACAUCUCAGUAGCAACUCUUUUUUUUUUUAGCUGCUGAGUGUUCGCCACUACCGUGUUCUUGAAUUUUUCUUCAAGAAAAAGUUGAGGAAAUCUUAA